CUGAUUUUCAUUUGUCGUGACGAGUACCUCGGAAUCGAAAAGAAAAAAACAUAAGCAGACAGGCGAAACAGAGCAUUCCGUUCAAUAAUGAAUGCAUAAGAACGUUCGACGCGCGCCGAGAACCAGUCUGCGUAUGAGUCGUGCGUGCGGCCAGCGUGUUGGAUAUUUUUUUUGAGGUUUGCGCUAGCUUCCAAUGCACUCUCGUGUCGCCCUGCCUUCUGUACCAUCGAAUUUGAAUCGUUAAAAGUGCGUGGAAAAGUGUACGAAUCGAAACCAAUACACGGAAAGUGGGACAACGGCGACCGAGAGCGCUCGUUGCGCUUGUCUCUGUUUCUGUGUCUGUGCCUGUGUCACUGCCUCUGUGUGCGAGUGUGUGUGUGUGUGUCGUUCUGUUGCUGUUGUGUGUGUGCGUGCGUGUGCACUGCCACUGUGUGCGUGCGAGCAGUGCCUACUGCGGCCGAGUCGAGUGCUGCCCGUGCUUCGAAAUCGCAUUGUAUCGUAUGGAAAAAUGUGUUUUACUUCUCGCCCAACAACGCCGAACGCCUAAAAGGAAACACCGCGCCGCGCAGCAGCAGUCAAAGUGCAUAGAAAUAUGAGCAUGCCAAUGCCAUCAAAGGCAAACGCAACAGCAAACGCAAAAGCAAAUCCAAAUCGCGAAUUGUGCACGCAAAUCAAAAGCAGGCGCUCUUCCACUCCACCAUCUUCUUUUGUCUGACUCUGAGCGACGACUUUGCCGCAUGGCUGGCGGCCACUGGACAAUCGAAUUUAGCAAUGAAUGAUUUACGUCAGCAGCAGAUGGUAGCAGCGACAUCGUCAUCAGGAUCGGAAUCGGGAACAGCGGUAGAAUCGGCAGCCGCCACGUCCACAGCAGGACCAGCCGGAGUAGCAGGUAGCACCCAGUCGAACUGUAGCGCCAAUAGCAACGCCAAGUCAGUGGCAGCGAGCAGCACGAGCGAGGAGGAGCAGCGAGUUAGCUCCACGUCGUCACCAGCCCAGCGGGAUCAGCAGCUGAAUGCGGAUCGGGAGCGGGAACAGGACCCAGAGCCACAGCAGCAGCGGGAGGAGGCACUGCAGCACCAGCAUAAUCAGCCCGGCCAUAUAACCAGCACCACAGCGUCGCCUCCGCCGACGCUGCCACCGCCGACGACGCCGUGCGACGAUGCCCCAAGCACAACUGGAGCAUCUGCAUCGGCCAGCUCAGCAUCCGGAGAAGCACCACCAGCAGCGGAAGCAGCAGGUGGAGCGAUGGCUGCUACGGCGCUUGAAGUAGAGAGCGAGGAGCGGGAUGGACAUAAGAUCAUCCUGAAGCUCUCCAAGCACGUCAACCCCAACUCAAACGCAAAUGAAUCUCAGCCGAGCGGCGAUGAGAGGCGGGUGGAGCCCCUGCGCAUCCAGCUGCCCUGCGGCGGAGCCGAAGGAGGCUUGGUGGCGAAGCCGCAAGAUGCCUUCGACGCGGACGCCUCUUCCUGCUCAUCAUCGUGCGCCGAGGACGAGGUAGCUACCACACUCGGCCAACAACUACGGAACACCCCGCACAUUGUGCCAAAGCUGACCAUCCGCGCCGCGAACGAGAGGCGCGUGGGCAGCGUGGUGCCCAAGCUGACCAUCAAGUUGCCUGAGAACCCGGCUGCUUCCGGCUCCAACUCCAACUCUGGUUCGUGCUCAUCAGCUGUGAGUGGCGCCCAGUCAGCUAUGCCCGCCAAGAACGAUGCUCACCUGUCCAGCCUCUCGCCAGCAUCCGCUUCGUCUUCAUCUGCCUCGUCCUCCUCUUCAUCGUCGUCAUCGUCCUCUCUGGCGGAGAUGCAGACGGUGCCCAAGCUGAUGAUCAAAACAACGCUAGCCGGGAGUAGCUGCAUCAGCAGCAGUGAGGAGCUUCCGCACCAGCAGCAGCAGAUACCAAAGUUAACAAUCAAGACAGGUGGCGGCGGUCAGGAGCACGUGCACACGGUCAUAAUGACGCACGACCUAAACAACGCCCAGAGCAUCCCCAAACUCACCAUCAAAACCAAAUCCAUAGAGGUGCUUGAUGACGAACCGGCGGCCAAGCUGGAGCAGCAGUUGCAGCCGCUGCCCAAGCUGACCAUCAAGAACUUAUGCUCACCAAAGCACAAGGUGCGUGCGGUGCUCGAGGAGAAGCCACCAACGGCGGCCUCCAAGUUGGCUAUUCCAAAACCUACGCCCAAUCCCACGCCGGCUCCCAUGACGAAUGGUGGCGAGUCGAACAGCAGUAGUCAAGAGUUCUGCGGCUUCUCCGAUCCGGACGCAGAUAUGGCAGCGGCAGCUUCCGACGAGGCUCGCCGCAAUUCGGACGACAUGGUGAUCGACGAUUCGCUCUCCAAGGAACACGAUCCCAAGAUCUUUCACAAUCUACCGCCUAUGCCCGCCAGCAACGGCAUAGCCAGCGGUGGGAGCAAGGCCAGUAAGGCCGGCAAGCCUGCCCAGUCCCAGCACAACGUUGUGGACAUGGUGGACCUGACCUCGUCACCGUCUCCGGGCUCUUCGCCAACUCAUGUGCCUAACAACUUCACUGGGCGCAUUUCGCCGAAAGGGUUGCUUCUCGAUUGUCUGCGGAUUCAAAAUGCGAUCGGCUGUUAUGUGAACGAGGAGGCUGACAGUCGCGUUAGGGCCGCUGCGUCGCCCAAUUCGAACAUAUUGCUCAGCCAGCUAACAGCGCCGGCUAAAAGCUUCACCACGACCACGCCUAAAAGCAAAUCCAGCAAGUAUCCUCAGCUAACGGAGCGCCUGAUGGCGAAUGGAAGUGGUAGCGGUGGAGGAUCUGUUGUUCCUGCAGAAGACGAAGCAGUUGUAGGUCCGUUGCCCCCCGCGAAUUCCGCCCAAUCUAUAAUCGAGUCCAUUGAAAUCCUGGACACGCCUGAUGGCAGCCCCAGGGUAAACUACAUGGACGAGGAUCCUCCCCCGAUGCUCAAUAAACAUCUGCAAACAAUUCACAAGCUUGCAAUGGAUCUCGGAGAGGAACAGCGUAUGGACACCCAAGACAACAACAACGAGAACCACUUGAAGCGCACUAUCAGCGAGGGAAACGAAUCUCCCAACAGUAGAAACCCUCCCAGCAAACAGAGACGUCUGGACAACGACGAGAACGAUCAGCAGACGCAGAAUUGCCACGAUCCCGCCAGAAAAUGCAGUGAAUCGCUGCAGGCGCUGCCGCCGUCACAUCGCUCGCGCAAGCAGAAGCACGAGCGGAUCCUAAACACGGAUCUGGAGGGCUCCCUCUUUCCACCCACCCAACAGCAGGCGAUUUCAACGCCGGAUCAAAAUGGAGCCUUGUCUUCGGAGGUCGAAACCGAGGAGGCUAAGGCUCAAGAUCCGCUGGAACCGGCUACCCCUCAGCUCCCGCCGGUAGCUACGCCGGCAGGAACGGGCAAGAAGCGGGGGCGUCCGAAGCGUAUCCAAAACCAGAACACAGCAGAGGGAGGAGUCACUGCCGCAGUUACUCCCAAACCCGGGACUCCACAGGAGGAGGCCACUAGCGCUGUCAAGUCGCGGCGUGUGCAACUGCUGCGCAAGCGACUGGCCAUCGAUAUGGUGAGCGUGGGCCAGGAGCAGACGGACAUGGCAGCGAAGGCUUCGCCAGUCGGCGAGCCAAAUGCAAGGGUUGACGACGAUCUUGCCGGCGCUCUGGAAACUCCAAAGAGUCGCGACCAUCGACCGCUGAGAGCCACGCGACGCACCACGACUAACACUCCCAGCACAAACACCAACCUGCAGCCCACGCCCAAGUCCACAAGGAAGCGCCAGAGCAAGGCCAGUGUCCAACAAACCCAAUUGCCACCGCCGACGAUGGCUCAGUUCGGUAGUGCGGAGGCCGAGUCCAAUAACAAUAACAGCAGCAUAUCCUUUGCCCUGACCGCGCAGAUCGACCUCACCAUGUGCUCGUCCAGUUCGUCGACCUCCUCCGGCGCUGCCGCCAACCAGCAGGUGAUCGGUGGGAGUGGCAGCAGCUCGAUGCUACCUCCGACGACCAUUCUGUCUUCAUCGGACCCGCUGCCCGAUGUCAUCUUCCAGCCAAAUGACUUCUCUUCUAUUAUGGCAACCCAGCAACUGCGCUCACCGCGCCCCUCAAGCAUCAGCGGUGGCAGUGCCGGAGGUAGCCAGCCAGAUUCUCACGAUGAGGACAACUACAACAGCGCGCUGGACAACUCCGGAGACGAAACUACGUUGCCGAUGCUUUCAAUAGUGACUCCCACGCGGGGACGUGGUCGUGGCCGGGGAUCCAGGGGCGGCCGUGGCAGAGGCAAUUCAUCGGUGGAUCGAGCUGCCAGCGCCGGAGGCACAGCCUCCACAACGCCUGCCACGCAACCUAGGGCGCCGCGGAUGAGCCGAGGAGCUAGCGCUGUUGCAAAGGCCAUCGCCAUGAAUCGACCAAGAUGCGUGGGCGGCCUCAAGCAUCAGCCCGAUCCCGAGAGACUUAAAGGCUUAUUCAGUCCGUCGCCGCAAGUGUUUGAGGAGGACACGCGUAUGAGCGCGGAUCUUAGCAACAGCAAUCAGUCGAUGGCCAGCCUGAUGGAACCCCCGCUAACGCCGCAGAAGCAACCCGACUUUCUCAAUAACGAGGAGUCACAGUCGUCUAUGGUGAGCAAUGUGAGCAUGAUCGACUCCAACCAGGGUCAGUCCGUCGACGCGAUUCUGGGCUCUGCUCUAAAACGUCCAAAGAAGAAGAAGAUGGAAAUUUGCGUGGCCGAAGACACCGACUACAACGCGUCCAGCAUCGCCGAGUACGACUGGCCACCGCCCAAAGGUUGCUGCCCCUCGAAGAAUCGCGACACCUUUAUGAUCCAAGAGCAAGUGGCGCUCUAUCUGGGCAUCACCAGCUUUAAGCGCAAGUACCCGGAUCUGCCACGCCGCGCGGUUGACAUGGAGGAGCGCAAUUGGCUUCAGGAGAAGGGGCUGGUCAGCGAGAAGUUGUGCGACCUGGGCAUCACCGCGGUGUGGGCCUCCGACAUAUUGGACAUCAUGUACGCGGACUUCUACGACAAGUACGAAGAGUACAAGGAGUAUAUACGUCAGAAGCAUUUGCGCGAAAUCGAAGCUAAGCAGAAAGCCCUAGGACUGACAGUCGGCGCCGGACGAGGUCUGCAGGCGCGCGACCGCGCCAUGCUUUCGGCCAGCAAGUGGAACGUUUACUUCAACAAGACCCGUAAGGAUGAGCGCCUGUCCUGCCUGGACCUGCAGACCUUCACGAUGAAUCAGCCGCAGAAAAGGACCGCGCCGACCUGUACCCGCCUAGAACGCUCCAUUGCGCAUUUGGUACGGGCAGUGGCUGAAGCGGCGAAUAUACCAGCACCGCCUACUCUCCUGCCGCCACGCGUCUACGACGAGGCCUUCCGCCACUCAGACUACGCUUAUCCACUCACUGUGGUGCCGGACCAGUUCUCGUUGGGCUACCGCCAGUUCGAGCCCGCCGAACUCCGAGCCUAUCCUCUGGACACGGCGCUGGACAAGCCGUCGACCGAUCUAAUGGAACAGCUGUUACAAGGCAAAUCCGAAGCUGUAGACAGCGAAGAAAUCAAAACGUCCGCCUCGGCCACCAAGGAUCUGGAGCAAGAGCAGUCCGCAAUCAAAUCUGAAUCGGUGACGGCGCCGGUUCGACGCAGCAGAAGGUCGACCCGCCAGCAUACAGACAAGGUUCGCACAGCAAGCAGCUCCAGCACGUCCUCCGCUCAAUCGGUCUCAUCCGCGUCCAGCGGCAACGGAAGCAGCAGUGAUACGGAUAGCGGCGAUGAAAGCGAUUUCAGCAGCAGCUCGAGCUGUAGCAGUUCGACGGGUGCCUCAAGUGGAGCAGGCAGCGAGGACGAGGAUGGAAAUGAGUUUUCAUCGUCGACCAGGCUGUCCAACUGCGGCGUCUGUCUGCGCAGUCAGCACCGCAAUGCUAGGGACAUGCCGGAAGCCUUUAUCCGUUGUUACACAUGCCGAAAGCGCGUCCAUCCCAGCUGCAUCGAUAUGCCCCAGCGCAUGGUGGGUCGCGUGAGAAACUACAACUGGCAGUGCGCCGGGUGCAAGUGCUGCAUUAAGUGCCGUAGCAGUCAACGUCCGGGAAAGAUGCUCUAUUGCGAGCAGUGCGACCGAGGCUACCACAUCUACUGCUUGGGCCUCAGGACAGUUCCAGAUGGUCGCUGGAGCUGUGAGCGUUGCUGUGUGUGCAUGCGAUGCGGGGCCACCAAGCCGGAAGGUCUGCCUCAGGUGGCCGCCGUGUCCCAGGCGUCCGGAGGACCGUCGCCCAACGGGGACCGCUCAAAGGCGGCGCGCAAUAAGCGCUUAAAAUGGGUCCACGAGUACCGCAUCGAUCACGUGACAAAGGUACGGGAGCACGCCGCCAUGUUCUGUGUACCAUGUGCGCGAACCAAGCCCGCCAAGCGGCAGUCGACGGGUGCGGCCGGGACGGCUACGGUCCCUCCUGUUUUGGAAACCACGUCCACGAGAACGGAUGACAGUCCGAUGCCAAGUCCCGGCCUGACAACCAACGGAGGACGCUCCCUUUCGCCAACGGCGGCACUGAGUCCAAAGGCAGCUGUGCCCGUGACAUCGUUGGCGCCCGUUCUUGAAGCGACGGCGGUGGCCACAAACAUUGCCGGAACGAUAGGCAGAAGGCAGGCGGCGAAUGCGGUCAAUAUCACAACGAUGCAGUGCAGCACCAGCUUCAGCGGGAACGGGGUCCCAGAGGACGCGGCGACUGUCACUGCAACGAGCACGGCCACGGCGGCAGCAGGAGCACCCACUGCCACUCCAAUAGGCAUAGCUCCUCCGCCUGUUGUUGCCUGAGUGGGGGUCAUACGUUAUUGUGCCAAGCGCACUCUAACGGACUUAUAGUAAGCGCCGGACGCGCCGCCCUCUACCAAGCCUCCAAACUGGUCGUAACCACAGUCCACAGACCGCAGCCCACAGACCACAGCCGCCAUCCCAAAAACACACAGAUGCAUAGUAUUAAUGAAUGCGACAAGGGGAGUGGAUUAAGAAUGGAGAGAAUAUUUAAGAAUUUUUUUUUACUAUGAUUAUUCUUUAUUGUCAGUACAUUGUAUUGAUUGUUUUUUACAUAUAUAUAUAUAUAUAUGAAUAUUCCUAUUAUAGUUAUGUUACUUAACUUUGCUAAUGUUAACAACCAAACCACAUAAACACACACAUGACACGCACCCCAAACACCAAGUAGACCACGUUAUGCUUAAGUCUUUUUUAACGCCUAAGUUGAAUAGCCUAGCACUAAGUCACAACUUCAUUUGUUUCUAGUGAAUUCAUUUGACGCAUUUUAGUUCAAUUGCGCAAACGCCCAAUUGCCCACGCGUUUUUAACGAAAGAUAGAGUGCUGUCCUGGCAGUGCGGCCUUGUUUGUAUUCCCGUGUCCUUGGAGGCUUGGUCCACGUGCUGGGCCUUGUCCAUGUCUGUAGGGCUAGCUGUUUCGUGUUAUUGUUUACUUUUGAAUCGAAAUAGUGUCUAUUUCUCAGCCUCCAAGUCUACGCCACCGUGCACCUGUGCAUCUGUAUCUUCUAUAUACAUAAUUCUGAUUUUAACUGUCUUACGCGCCGAAUUUUUUGAACAUGUAUAUGUGUGUAUUUAUAAGAACCACAGCCCUGUAGCCCAUGUAAGUAGUUAAGCACAGCCUAAGUAGUGUCUUCAUGUGCGGUAGCUGCUUGUUUUUUUUUCGUUUAGUUUCGGUAGAUUCGUAAGCGGAGGAGGAACCUGGUUCGCUCGAGAAUCGGGGAGCCAGGUUCCACUCUGUAAUCGUAUGGCUAAGAAUGUAUUAUAAAUGUAAUUUAUGCUAACACAUAACCCAACAAUCGGAACCACACACCACACACACAAAUAUAUAUAUAAUUAUAUAUACUAGCUGUAACGUAUAAGAUGAAAGCACAAGAACAGAUACAGAUGUGGCUAGCGAGGAUUAGGAGGAAGAACCAUGUGUGAAAUAAUGUUAGGCAACAGUUCUAAUACCGCCGCAGAAUAGGUAGCUCUAAGUUUUCGGUCUACUUAAGAUGAAGUGGAUCUACACACGGGCCCAGCUACAGACGCUGAAGAGACCUCGGUAAUCCACUUUCUACGGAAAGUAAAGCUUAAGUCCUUCAUAUUAAGUGAAAUUAUUCUUAUGUAUACAUACUAAAAGAUUUAUUUUUAAGUCGAAUAAAACAGCAGCAUUAAUAA